AUGCUGGAAGAUGCUUGGGAAUACAUUAUGGUUCCAAAAGAGGACUCGGACACAAAGGAAGAGGAAAACAGAAUACAAACUGAAAUGUCAGAUGAUGCUAAAAGAUGGGACUAUCUAGUGUCUGAGAAGGAGCUGGACCAGAUAAAGAAACACAUCCACCGGGCAGAGCGAGCUAGAGGCCUCCGAGACCACAAGUAUCGGCUGCUUCCUCAGAAGAGCCCACGUGAGAUCCUUUCCCCCAGGACCAUCACCCUGGAGGAUGAACAGACGGAAAACAGCCAGAGAAGACCCAAAGCUAAAACCAGACAGCACCAGGUGGCCUGGGUGCAAGAGCAGAUGCAGAGACAUCGGGAUCGCAUGAUUCGAGGGCGAGAAUUUGCGGAGCAAAGAAGUCAAAAACGAGAGGCUCAGAAACUGGGCGCCCAGGCUCUCCCUGCCCUAAAGCCUCAGGUGAGGAAAGAGGAAGUGAAGGAGUUUAAGCGGGUCCCAGCCUACCCCCUCAUCCAGCCUCCCUGGGAAGUGACCAUCCUGAGGGAGAAGUCCGGAGGAGAGAGCAGCAGUGAAAAACCACUUCGAAGACAGCUUCUGAGGAUACCACCAUUUCUGAGGAGCCAACUAGAAAAUAAAAUCAAAGCUUUCUAG